CGUAUCAAAAGGCCAUGUAGGUAGACAAGGGCUUGGUAAACUUGGUAGAAAAUCAGGGACUGAUAAUCUACAGCGGUAUAAAUGUGAAUUGAUCAGCGAGCACAGCUUCAGCCAGCCAUGACUGAGAGAAAUGUCAUGUUAGCCGUUGUGUAAAUAAAUCCAGGGUUUGUGUGCAGGAUCAUCAGUGUGUAUCAUGAGCUGUGCAGGCUAUGUUUCUUCAUGGAACAUAUUAGUUAAAUGAUGCUCUUUUAUAACACAGUCGUGUAAGGAUUAAUUUUUCGGCUGUCGCAAAUAAUCCAGUAUUUCUUAUCGUGAUCGAUUGACUGGACUCCUUUGGAUUUACUUGUGUAUACGGAACACUAUAAUUAGUGUCUGAAACAGCAGAUGCGCCUAGGCAAAAGAAUGACGUGUACAUCAACCACUGUGGCACGUCACUGACAGUGUUGUAAAGGAUUAACCACCUUGUCUCACUCAGGCUGAACUACUCACAGAGUCGGAUCAAAUGACAGGAUUGAAUACCAUUGUCUACAUAAAGAUCAAUGUGUCUGUAUGAUGUGUCAAGCUUUUAAGCCAUUACAAACUUGGUUGGUUUUAGGAUGAACAGCUUUGAAAACAACACCUCGCAAUUAAGGUAGGUUGGAGCCAAAGCAUCAAUCAAGACAGACAGACUUAUAUGGUGCUAUUGACUAAUUUAGGAAAAGUAUAGUAGUCACAUUCUGUUGUUUGUGGAUGCUUUCUCUGCAAGAUUUGGCUGUUAUCAGUGCAAAGGGUUUCAGCUGUAACCACAGAAAAGAUAGUUCAAGAAGUUUUCGCAGUGCAAGUUGAUUUGGGCCUGAACCUUGUGCAAGAAGUUUUUGCUGUAACCAGUGCAAGUUGCUUUGGGCCAUAACUAGUGCAAGUUGUUUUUGGCCUGAACCAAGUGCAAGAAGGUUUCGCUGUGGCCAAUGCCAUGACUUAGUGUAAAAAUGUAUUGCUGUAACCAGUGCAAGUUGCUUUGACUGAGCCAGUACUAGCUCACAGUACUACAACAGGUGUGUCCUGAAGCUUUUGGAGAUCUGAGGCCUUCAACUACUGUUUGAUCACAGAUUGUAAUGACCUCAAUAAAAGAUCUGCUGUAAUAUGAGAAAGGAUGUGAAGCUUACAACUGCUGUUUGAUCACCCACUGUAAUAACCUCAUUAAGAGAUCUGCUGGCUAGUUAAUUUGGAAAAGGAUACUUGAAGUAGGCCAUGGCAGAUUAAUGUGAUCCCCAGCGCGAGGACACAGCAUGGCAAGGCUUUCAUGAGGUAUAAUUAUGCAGGUGUGGAGUGGUCAUAAUCAGCCUCUCCAUUGUUGGACAUAGACUGCUGUGUGUGUUGGUGGCAUGUAGGGUCACGUCAGGGUACAUUCAUCAAAGAAAGGGAGGCAUGUGUGUUGAAAAGCGCAAAUACUCUUGCGAUGGACACGAUCCCUUGAAGACUAAACCACUGUAGCUCUGAAAGUCUGAUCAUUCACAGCUGAGGAUUUCAAGGUACAGACACUACCGAGAGACCCUUCACUCUGAUGCCUAGACAAAUCAUGUCAUCACUGUCUGGUCAUCUGGUUAUCAACACUCGAAGCUGAAGGGGAUGAAGAACAUGACAACAAAUGAUUGCCACAACAAGAAACACCACAAUACGUCUAGGAUGACAGUCUGACAAGAUAAACUUACAAACCUAACAUAACACAAGUAUAUCCAGGCCAGAAAUCAAUCACAUUCCUCAACUAUUGCAUCAUCACCGUUUUUCCUGGGACGGGUGUUUUCUGAGAAAACUUUCUUGAAGGUCAUAGUCCAUCAAUAAAACCACAUCUAUCAAGUUCCCUGUGACAACCUCUAGUGUAUCAACAGCGACAACAUCCAGGUGAUCGGAGGCAAACAACAAGUCAGCUGGGUGCUAAGUGCUCAAUACAUCCCGUGGUUGCAGCGGAACUGGGGGAGACAAAAGCGCUAUUGAUUCCCAGUCCUGUGGCUGCAUGUGAAGGGUAAGAGCUGAUCGGCAUCAGUUGGUUCCUGUGUGGAGGUGAGCAGAGACUGCCAUCAGUUCUACCAGCAUGGACGGAGCAGCACAGGACGAUGCUGUUCCACCUUCACCGACAUGGUGUGAUAUGAACCUUGAACUGGCUCUCCUCAGAGAAGGCAAGAUGGAGGAGCACUGUGGGGUGGUGCCACGAGGCUUCCUCUGCUGCCGUCUGUGUGAGGAGGAGUUUCGUCAGCCCAAAUUCCUCCCCUGCCUGCACUCCUUCUGCAAGGACUGUUUGCAGGCACAUGUCAAAAAGUAUGCCGACGAGGAUGGAUACUUCGGUUGUCCGAUUUGUGGCACCGAGACAACCCUCAGGCAGCAAAAAGUGGAGAAACUGCCAGACAAUCUUUUCGCCAGACGGCUGUCAAAUCCUGCCAUCUCCUUGCAAAAGCCGCCAAAGAGGGACAAAUCCCGCAGCUGUCGCGACUGUGGACAGAAGUCAGAAAUAUCCUUUCACUGCAUAAACUGUGAUGACUUCCUAUGUCAGAUGUGUUCCGAGUCCCAUCAGCAGCAAGAGGAAACGGCCAGUCACAGCACUCAAACCAUUCAGGACUAUGAAGCUCAGAACAAGCCCCGGUCACGCCCAGCCUCUCCGGACACUCCGUCGGUGUUGUCCCAGUGCUGCGAGUACUACGAUGCCUAUGACAUUGGUGCAAUGUUCUGUGUGGACUGUGACAUGGCCCUGUGUGCCGAGUGCCACACCAAGAGUCAUCAGGAACAUAGGUGUGCGGAGUUGACAGCAGUGUCUCAGAACUUUGAGAUAAAGAUCAAACCUCCCCUCGACCAACUCACCAAUGAUGCGAAGUCCUUGAAGAAAACUUUAAAGGAUCUGGAGAUUGCGGAGAAGGUUGUCGAGAAACAGCAGAUUCGCCUUCAGGCAGAUGUCAAGAACAGAACCAAGGUACUCUGUGACCUCAUCAUGGAGUACGAGAAUGUUCUUCUCAGUGAGGUAGACAAGAGCCAGUCUCACAAUCGUGAGUGCAUCCAACAAAAACGCAAUGACAUUGAGCUGCAUCUUGCCUCUAUUCAAGCUGUUACCGACCUUACAGAGAAACUUGUGUCAUUUGGUUCAGAGGAAGAAAAGGUGUCCCUGAGAAAGAAAAUAGGUCGGAGGGUCAGAGAACUUUGUGAGACUGAACUCCCAACACAAGCCGUGAACCUGGUCAGUCUCAACCUGUGCGAACCUGACGUCAAUGUUGAGAAGAUCUGUGACUUGUUUGGAGAGUUGAAAACUGGCAUGGCGAGUUGUUCCCGUAGGUCAAGCCGAUCUCACAUUUCCACGACCCAAGAAUCAGGUCAUCCAAGCGUCAGUGACUCAAUAGAAAGCCAUGACAAUGACACAGAAAUUACUGAACUGGAAGACUAUGAGGAACGUGACCAUGACAUGCUUAGUGCCAGUAACACCAGCGAGACUUUCAGGGCAAUACAGGAAGAACCAGAGGAACAAGAACAGGAACAGUCCAACUCCUCCUUCCAGUCCUCAACACAAGAUGAGGUGCCCUCUCUAACUCUGGACACUCCUGCCAAAGAGCUUGCUCUACCCUCCAACAUCCAGCGAGACUGCAUUAAAGGAAUGGGAGUCAACCAGAGUGGAGACAUCAUCAUCGGUGCGGCAUCUGCAGGAAGUCAAUGUGUUUACUAUGUGGAAAAACGUGGCAUCAUCCGGGGCCAAAUCCCAGUUGAAAAGGGCUGGAAUAUUCACUCUGUUGCUCCAGAUGGAAAGGUGGCGGUCGCGGUCACACGGGGAGACAAUCGUUACAAAGUCAAGGUUUUGUCGAAUGAUGGCUGUGGCACAGUCCUUGCUAAUCUUCAUCUUGAAAGUUUUGGGUUGAAUUAUGUUGCUCCGUACUCACAUGGUCAAGUGAUAAUUUCUUCAAGCAGGUACGCACAGCUUAACCGGAACUACGGCAAGUCCGCCAAGUCAGGUGGAAAUGUGGCAGUGUACAACAAGGAUGGCCAAAUCACGCUACACAUCACAAAUGAGGACUUUGUUGAUGAAGGGCUGUAUCUUUUUGAAAAGCCGCAGCAUAUUGCUGCCGACGCUGAUGAAAACUUUUUUGUGUGUGAUCCGUCCACUCAUAUCGUGUCGGGUUUCAAUAAGGAUGGCGUUUUGUUGUUUGAGUACGGCAACACAGACAGUGAUGAGGAAAUCUACCAGGGUCCUGACCUGGUGUGUGUCGACAGAAAAAAGAAUGUUCUUGUCACGGACAAGCGUGAAGGUCGAAUUGACCUCCUCACCUAUGAAGGCCAGUUACAAAAGUGUCUCUUCCUGGAGGACGUUGUCAAGUUUGUGUCCGUCAGCUCUGAUAACAAGCUUGUUAUAGGCACUACUGAGGGCACAAUCAAGUUCUAUGAAUAUCUGUGAUUUCUGUCUCCUGUAAACAGGUUUCCGUCCUAAUCAGAGACAUUUGUUCUUUCAACCUAACGAACUUGAUGUAUCAAUAUACUUUUCUAGUCUGGACAUUAUCCUAUUUGAUACUGGUGCCUAAUAUCAACACUCUGAUUGUAAUGAGGACAGCUAGUGAUCUUGAUUACGGUAAUUUUAUAGCACCUACUAUUUGGUUAUAACAUCUAAGGUAGAGCCAAUAGAGAGAGGAAAAUAAAUUAUUUUUCAACCUAAUAAUGAGACAAGCAGGACAGCAUGAGGCGUCCCUCAUGGACACCUCGUAGUACAAGACUAGGUUCCUGAGACCAAUUAUAUACUGAACCUUCAUAGUUACAAGUUCCAACACCAUGUAUGUGAGUGAGUGAGUGAGUGAGUGAGUGAGUGAGUGAGUGAGUGAGUGAGUGAGUGAGUG